AUGGGGCUUGGUGGGCGUGCCCAGGGUGCCAAGCAGUUACAGUGUUCUGGUCAGGCGCGGGCGCCACGGGCGCUCCGAGGCUCUGCGCCAUGUGCCUAUCCUGAAGGACCAAGAACGAGUAACCCUACAGAGAUCGUUAGGAAUCAGUCCACAACUAAACGUAUUCUGCACCUGCAAGAUAUGAUGAAGCGGAAGAGGAAACUAAGUAAACAGUUUUCAAGGCCUGCUCCUGUUCCAGAACCAGGACUCCUAUCCUUUCCUGAAGCUGAUGUAGUAUAA